GUGGGGGGGGGAACAUGCGCGUUGGGCUCCUCUCACCUGAAUGGAACACACCUUGAUCCAACUGAGCGGAAGUGGAGCCUUCCUCACAGAGAGGGGGAGAGAGGGAGAGCAGCAGUGGUGCCUCUGGAGGAGAGCAGAUUGAAUAUAUUACUACUUCAAUGAAAUCUCACUACGUGUAAAGAUUUGACCAUUUUGUCACUCCCAGAAGGUGUUUUUUUUUAAAAAACUAAUUUUCUACCAAGUGGAUCUUGUAGAGUAAGAUAAGAAUGGCGAGCUUGAAAAGGCUCUUAAGGAGACAAUACUUUACUUGGAAACUUCUAUUUAUCGCUCUGGUUUUCAUUACGUUUUUAUUGCUGAUGCAAAGAGAAGUCAUUGGGGACGCAACAGAAGAGCCAUGGCUCAAAGAGAUGGUUGAGAAAAAAGACAAAGUGUUGGACAUUAUGAUGGGAGCUGUGAACAAUAUAAGGGAGGCAAUGCCAAAAAUGCAAAUCAACGCACCCGUCAAACAAAAAAACUCUGAGAACGAUGAGAAGCCCUGCUUGCCGGGAUAUUACACCGCGGCAGAGCUGAAGCCGUUUAUGGAACGACCGCCACAAGAUCCCAAUGCCCCCGGGGCGUCAGGGAAGCCAUUUCCUUCGGAGAAUUUGUCCCCGGAAGAACAGAAGGAGAAAGAUCUUGGGAACGAAAAACACUGCUUCAAUGCCUUUGCCAGUGAUAGGAUUUCUCUACACAGGGACCUUGGACCUGAUACCAGACCACCUGAAUGUAUUGAGCAAAAAUUCAAGCGGUGUCCGUCACUGUCCACCACCAGCGUGAUCAUAGUAUUUCACAACGAAGCCUGGUCCACUCUACUCAGGACUGUUUUCAGUGUCAUGCAUACAUCCCCGGCAAUAUUUUUAAAAGAGGUUAUUUUAGUAGAUGAUGCAAGUACAGACGAUUACUUGAAGGAUCAGUUAGACAAUUAUAUCAGACCGUUUCAAAUAGUUCAAGUUGUCCGUCAGCAGGAAAGGAAGGGGCUGAUUACUGCACGGUUACUGGGAGCCUCUGUCGCCACUGGAGAGGUCCUCACCUUUCUGGAUGCCCACUGUGAAUGUUUCAAUGGCUGGCUGGAGCCUUUGCUGAGCAGGAUAGCUGAAAACCACACAGCUGUAGUGAGCCCAGAUAUCUCCAGCAUCGAUUUCAACACCUUUGAAGUAGUAAAACCCAACCCAUACGGACAGAAUCACAACCGAGGCAACUUUGACUGGAAUUUAUCAUUUGGUUGGGAGCAACUUCCUCUGCAUGAAAAACAGAGGAGAAAGGAUGAAACUUACCCCAUCAAAUCACCAACGUUUGCGGGAGGGCUGUUUGCUAUAUCCAGUCAAUACUUCAGACAAAUAGGCAGUUAUGACGAUCAGAUGGAAAUCUGGGGAGGUGAAAACAUAGAAAUGUCUUUUAGGGUCUGGCUGUGUGGUGGACAACUGGAAAUUCUCCCCUGCUCUGUCGUGAGUCACGUCUUUCGCACGAAAAGCCCCCACACAUUCCCUAAAGGGACUCAAGUGAUAUCCCGCAACCUGGUGCGUCUAGCUGAAGUUUGGAUGGACGACUACAAACGGAUAUUUUACCGGCGAAACCAACCGGCAAAAAAGAUUGCUAGCGAGAAAACAUAUGGAGACAUCACCCAAAGACUGGAGUUGAAACAGCAUCUCCAGUGUAAGAACUUCACUUGGUAUUUGAAAAAUGUUUAUCCUGAGGUGUUUAUACCCGAUCUAUUUCCCAUUUAUCACGGAGCGAUUAAAAAUCUAGGUUCAGGAACGUGCCUUGAUGCUGGAGAGAAUAACCAAGGAGGGAAGGGCAUAAUUAUGUAUGCCUGCCAUGGCCUUGGAGGAAACCAGUACUUUGAAUAUACGCACACCCACGAAAUCCGUCACAACAUUGACAAGGAGUUGUGCAUUCAUAAUCUACAAGGGGCAGCAAUGCUUGAAGAAUGUGCACGUAAAGGUCAAAAGACUGUGGUCUCACCACAGCAGACGUGGGAAGUUCAGGACGCUCAACUAGUAAAUCCUGCUUCAAACCUGUGCCUGGCUACAAGAGAGGGGAAACCUUACAUAGCGCCAUGCAGUCCUUCUGAUCAAUACCAAAAGUGGAUGUUCAUCUAACAUAUAAUAUUGUUACUGAGCAAUACACAGACAUUGUUUUAUCAAAACACGGGACAUUUGAGUAUAAUCCAAAUCAUAACGUAAAAUUCUUUCUUUUUUGAAAAAAAUCCAACACAUUCUCGGAGGUUGAAACGUAAGCAUGUUGCACUUGAAUAUGUUAAAUGCUGUAGGUCUCUCGUCUUGUGUGUUUUUUUUCCCUUCUAAUGGACACUUUUGCCGGGGAUUUUACUUGAGAGCAUAGAAAAAUAAUAUGUAGUGAUUGUAUGAGAUCCUUCCCCCCCCCCCCCCC